AAUGAAUCAUUCAAAAAGGUCCACAUUAUUAUAAUUAUCUCUGUCUGGGUUGUUAAUUAGCUCUCAAUUCAAAGUUUCCCCAUUUCCAACAACACUUGAAGGCAUCAUGAAGUUGCAAUGUGCAAGAGUAAGCGCCCAGCUCAUUUCUCUCCAUUAACAGUGACAUCUUGAGGCUGUUCAUCCUCCCUCUCCCUCCUCCCCUCCCCCUUUCCCUCCCUCCCCCUCUCCCUCUCCUCUCUCUCUCUCCGUGCAGGGCAGACAUGCAGCAGAGCUUGAUCUGACUUGUCCUCCCUGCUGGAAGUGUCUCUCGCUCCUCGGAACUUCUCUGGGUUCCCGUCCUCACGCAGCGGUAUGGCCGUGUCUCUCUCUCUCCAGAGUCUGGGGCUCAUCGUGCUCGCAGCGAUCCUCCUGCAGACCAUCGCGGUGGCCGUCAGCUUUGUGUACUUCAACAAGGUCCUGAGCACGAUGCAGGAGAGUUUCUCCCGCAGCAGCGUGUCCUGUCUGAUAAACGUAAAUCUGCGCUCUGAGGUUGAAGAUUCAGAGGAGGAAAAGAAGAGCGAUCCCUGCUGGCAAGUUACGCAACAGCUCCACUACCACAUAGAGAAGACGAUGUCUGACAGAUUCCAGAAAGAGAUAUCCACGGCUAUGAGAAAUAAGAUGACAGGAGUGCUGCCUUUCCUGAACCCUGGGGACCGAGGGGUCCCUCUUCCUAAAGUUGCUGCCCAUGUGACGGGCGUCGUCUCGUCCGCAGAGCCUCCAACGGCGGAUGGCCAGCGGAGCAGCAGGGGGUACCUGGGGGAGCGAAUCAGAGAGUGGGAGGGCCAGAGAGGUCUGUCCUUCCUGCAGAACAUGGAGCUGAGGGGAGGAGAGCUGCUGGUGCCCCGAGCGGGUCUCUACUACAUCUACGGCCAGACCUACUUCAGACUGCCCUCCACGGGGGAGACGGAUGGGGAGGCAAAGGGGGAAGAAGAAGCACAGCUUGUCCAGUACAUCUACAAGAAGAUGAGUUCCUACACGGUGCCCAUCCUGCUGAUGAAAUCUUCACGGAGUGCCUGCUGGCCUCGGGGUCCGGAGCCCGGUCUCUUCUCCCUGCAUCAGGCCGGUACUGCCUUUCUGCAGCCCGCUGACCGCCUCUUCAUCACCGUCAGCAAUGCCAGCGCCAUGGAGAUGGACGGGAGGGCGAGCUACUUCGGGGCCUUCCUUGUGGGCUAAAGGGAGAAAAACCUUCCGGGUAGAAAUGUCCGGAACUGGGAUGACUUGAAAUAGACAUCAACAGAAGUGACUCAGAUGUUUUCUCGAUACUUUGAGCAGCUGUCUGGUACAAGAUUGGAGAAGAAGAAUGGAUUCUGAAGAGUGCAAAGGACUUCUUCUUUAGUCUCGGUACUUCUUCGGAUCAAACGGAGCUGCAGUGGCAGACUCACAACCACGAAAUGGAAAGGAAGAAAAGCCAUCCGCUGUGUAUUUACUCCAGCUGACACAGGAUUUCAAUUCUGUUUUUUAAGGCUGGGUAAACAGAAAGCAGUGUACGACAGAGCAAACUUGGAUUACAUGGUGCAUUCAGAGUACUGUGCAUUUGCUCAAGUACAAUAGAGACAGAUUAAAUGUUGCACUGUCAUGUGUGAAUGACUUAUAUUGAGAACAGAUUGAGUUGUCAUACCUAGGAAAUGACAGUGCUGUUGGACACGUGACACUUCUUUUAUGAAAAAAUAAGUAUGAAAAAAUGCCGUGAGACAAGAUUUUAAAUGUUCAGUAUUAUAAGAGAAGCUUCCUUUUGGCUUAAAGUUCUUUUGAAUUUCUUCUUUGUGCAAUGUCUUGAAAGAAUGUGUGCCGUGACAUAGAUCAUGAUGUCCUGCGGCCUCAGACAGAAGCAGACUUAGUAUGAAUGGACUGAGUAUUAAAUGUUAUGACACAUUUACACUUCUGUAUCGAAUGGAUACCAAUACAGAUAGUCUAUUCCUUCUAAUUUAGAUAUAUAUUUUAUUAUUUUACAUAUUUAAUGACAAAACUGUCUACUUUUCCUAGGUCUUAAUAUGUUUGACUUUAGUAUAUUGUGUGGUAAUGGAGGUGAUCUAAAAUGACAAAACUGAUUUUUUUUUUUUAGGUCUUUAAAGCUCUUCAUUGAAAGGGAAAUGAGCAUUUAAAGUAAAAUACUCAGUUAUCAGGGCAAAUCAUUUUUCAAAACGUUUUGUGUGGUGCAGUGUUUGCACAAAAAAAGACACAAAACUGAAAAAGUAAAAAACUAUCAUUUAAUUCAUGUUGUAUUACAUGUUUCCAUAUUAUGGCAGUGAAUGUUUCAGCAAUAAUAAGAGUCACUCCUCAAACAAGAGUUUUUUGUUUUUACAUAAAAAAAAAAAACAAUACCCAAAACUAAUCAGGGUUCAAGUAAUGCCCAAAAGAAAUACAUCUUGAAACAGACACGCACGCACGCAGGAAGAUAGAUCAUAUUUGCUGAUCAUACUGUAAUCCACCUGCUACUUCCUGGUCUAUGAGUUGAGAACCAAGGUGUUUUGUUUGGUCAGCCUGAGUCCUCCCACUCUCUCCUUCAGUCUCUUUUUUUGGUCACCGUGACUGGACUGACAAACAUGUUGUAGUUACAGCUGAGACAGUAAACACAAACACAGACAAUACACAGCCUCUCGAGUUAUAGGAGGGCUUCAAGGUGCUUCAACUAAAACACAGAUAAAGACAGUGGUACCAAAUUUCAAACACUUGGUAUCAAAAAAUAGUCUCUGAGUUGGUCUCUAAUCAGUCGGGUCACUACAACUGUGUGUGUGUGUGUGUGUGUGUGUGGGGGGAGAUAAAUGCACACGCAGAGGAUAUUUUGUCUUGUUAAUGACAAUCUAUGGCUUCGGUUUAUCUAAACACACACAGUCACGUACGAUCCCAUAAUCAAACCGUAAUAUUGUGUAAUAUUUCAGAAGACAGUCAGUUAUAGUCUAUAUAAAUGUCAAUACUGUAAACAACUGCGUGUGUGCACGAGAGCUGGGAGGCUCCUUGUUGGUGCUCCUAUUGCUAUGGUAACCAAGAAUGGUUUUAGUUGUGAUUUGGCCAAUCAGACUAAGUGCUUACAACCCACCAUCCGCCUCCCCACUGAAUUUCAGUAAAUCUCAGCAGGCGCAUAAACACACACACAUACACACACACACG